AUGUCUAAGAAGAUUGUCGACUUGACGACGGUGAAGGCGACGUGGGACACAAUUGUCUGGUGUUAUGGUGGCGACGUAUCAGUGAAGGAAGUAAAGUUGCAUUCCCUACGUAAGAGUUACGAGAAUAUCAGCAUGAAGAACAAUGAGAAUGUGUCUGAGUACAUCUCUAGAGUGAUUGUGGUCAUGAAUAAGAUGAAGGCUUGUGGAGAAACGUUCUUCGAACAAGUAAUCAUUGAAAAGUCAGAAGUCUCCAAUCUAGAUGAGAAGAAACAUAAGAAUGGUGAUGGUUCUCACAAGUUUGGCCAUUUUGCUGCCGAUUAUUGGCCAAAGAAAGAAAGAAAGGAUGAAGAAGCCAACAUAGCCAUAGGAGAUUUUAAGGGUGAACUUGUGCUACUUAUGGCAUUUGAGAAGGAAGGCGGAAAAUGGUGGACUGAUUGA